CGAUGUGAUUUGCUUCAAGGAAGGUGCAUGCUUUGUGUUUGAGCUUCACUGAUCGCGUUGAUGGUAGUGGUAAUGAAUGGAUUUGGAUCAAUAGAGGCUUGAGAAGAGGAAAUAUUUGCUUUCUUAUGUUUGUAAAUCUCCAUCAGCUGAGUGGGUAAGCUAGAAGCUGAUUUACAAAUGGAGCUCUGUGUCUCCUUGAUUCUCUUUCUGGUUUCUCUGCCUGCAUUUUUGGCCAAAGAAGUCGGACAUGCUAGCGUUGUAGUUGAUGGGACAGUAGCUAUUGCACAUAUUGAUAACAAUUUUGUCUGUGCCACUCUGGAUUGGUGGAAUCAUGAAAAAUGCGACUACAACCACUGUCCAUGGGGAUCUGCAUCUGUAUUAAAUUUGAACUUGUCUCAUCCUCUGCUUGCCAAGUCGAUUCAAGCUUUCAAUCAAUUGAGGAUCAGAAUCGGGGGUUCCUUGCAAGACCAAGUAUUGUAUGGUGUGGGAGAUUUGAAAUAUCCUUGUCAUCCUUUCAGAAAGCAGAAAGGCGGGUUGUUUGGAUUUUCUACAGGGUGUCUACCUAUGAGUAGAUGGGAUGAGCUUAACCAUUUUUUCAGCAAGACAAGGCCCCUCGUCACAUUUAGCUUGAAUGCACUGUCAGGGAGGCACCACAAAGGCGCAGGUGUCUGGGUUGGAGAUUGGGACUCUAGAAACGCUUAUGAUUUUAUUAAUUAUACUGUUUCGAAGGGCUACCAGAUAAAUUCAUGGGAGUUGGGUAAUGAGCUCUGUGGCAAAGGUGUUGGAGCUAGUGUUGGAGCUGAACAAUAUGGAAAAGACUUGAUCAAGCUUAAACACAUUGUCAACCAGUUAUACAAUGACUCCCACAUAAAGCCUGCACUUGUAGGACCUGGUGGAUUCUUUGAUCAGAAGUGGUUUACCACACUUCUACAGGUUUCUGGUUCAGGCGUAGUUGAUGUCGUCACGCAGCAUAUUUACAAUUUGGGUCCAGGUGUUGAUCCCAACUUGAUGCAAAAGAUAUUGAAUCCGUCUUACUUGGACCAAAUAUCUGGUACGUUUGAUAGUCUUGCAGCGACAGUGAGACACCAUGGACCUUGGGCUUCUAUAUGGGUCGGAGAGUCCGGAGGAGCCUAUAACAGUGGUGGUUUUAAUGUCUCAAACACGUUUGUGAACAGCUUUUGGUACUUGGAUCAGCUUGGGAUGUCGGCCAUGUACAAUUCUGCAGUGUAUUGCAGGCAGUCCCUAGUUGGUGGGCACUACGGCCUUCUCAACAGAACCUCAUUUGUUCCCAACCCUGAUUACUACAGUGCACUGCUGUGGCAUCGACUUAUGGGCGAAAGUGUUCUCAAGGUCGACCGCAAUGGGGCACCGCAUUUGCGCGUUUAUGCUCAUUGUUCAAAAGGAAGUGCCGGUAUAACUGUACUCCUCAUAAAUUUAAGCAAUCAGACCGAUUUCAUUGUCAAUGUUAAAAAUGUUCUGGAGCUUGAUAGAGCUGAUCGAUCGAGAAGCACUGGCAAAGGAAGUAAAUUCAGUCAUGGUCUUAAGAGGACGGUUUCAUGGGUUGGUCUCAAAGCAUCAGAUGGAACGUUACACAGGAAAGAAUACCAUCUAACUCCAAAAGAUGGGAACCUUAGAAGCAAAAUCAUGGUCCUCAAUGGGGUUCCAUUGGAAAUUACCAAGGACGGAAACAUCCCGGAAUUAGAACCUGUUAUUGUUCCCGUAAAUGAUCCUAUAUCGAUCACCUCUUUCUCCAUCAAAUUUGUUGUGUUGCCUCACUUUGAGGCUCCAGCGUGUGGAUGAUUUCUUUUCUCAACCCCCUAAGCUUAUAUAGUACCUGCUCGCGGAAUCUAUGAGCAAAUGGCAAUUCAGCAAUUGUAUAUUGUGUAGAACAUACAAUUAAUUCAGAAGAACCGAAAAGAAUAAAGAAAAAUAAAACUAUAUACAGUUUUAACUUUU